ACCUUUUUUGGAAUGAUGACAACUGCAGCCAUGCCCAACCACAAUGUGGCUGCCAUUAUUGCUGCUCCUUUGUACAUGCUUUGGAACCUUUUUAGUGGUUUCAUGAUACCUCAUAAGAGGAUCCCAAUAUGGUGGAGAUGGUACUACUGGGCAAAUCCUGUAGCUUGGACUCUAUAUGGCCUUGUCGCAUCCCAGUAUGCUGACGAUGAUAGACUUGUGAAACUAUCGGAUGGCAUUCAGUCAGUUCCAAUAAAGCUUUUAGUCAAGACUGUGUUUGGGUAUAGGCAUGAUUUCAUUGAGAUCGCUGGUUUUUUGGUAGUCAGUUUUAGCGUGCUGUUUGCGGUGAUUUUUGCUUAUGCAAUAAAAUCUUUCAACUUCCAGAAGAGGUAACUCUCACUGCUGCAACUUCACUGCAUUUCUUGGAGGUUCAUGAUCCUGAUAGCUACUUCAUGAGGCAGUUGAGCCACUUUAAGUGAAUGUAGACAUUUAAAAUGAGUUAUACAUGUGAAAUGAAGAUGACAUUAGGCAAUUUGUAAUUCUUUAAUGCAUGAGGUGAUCUGGCAAUAAUGA